AUGCAGCCACAGUUCGUGCACGCACCUGCAUGCAUGCCGGACGCACUUGCCCUCCCUACGGGUCUCCAGUUCCAUGUCUUACUCGUUCCAAAAACGGUCUCCUAUUCAAUGAUGAAGGGCUUCCUUCAAAAAGCCAAGGCUGAGCUCAAAGGCUUCACUCAACGCGACGAGUCUAGCAACUCUAACUUUGGCGGAAAUUCACAAGCACAACACCAACAGCACUUUCCCCCAGGUCAUCAGCAAGGUGGCUUUGGCCACGGCCAUGGUCAACAAUAUGGUAUCAGCGAUCCGACAACCCUGGAUAUUCUCCGCUAUCGCUAUCACCAUGGUACCAACCUUGGCUCUGUCUAUGUCAUUGAGCGAUGGCUCCAAGGUUCUCGAUUUCCUGACGGUGCCGAGGGAUCAAGCGAGCUUGCUGCAGUGCAGGCCUGGGUAGAUAGAAUCGGGGUGGCCGAGACGAAACAAAAGUUUGAAGAGCACUGGGCCAACAUUGUGCACGACAACGCCAUCGGAUGGCUUGCUAACGUGGCCAAGUGUACAACCGUCCGCCUGCCCAUCGGUUACUAUGAUCUCCCGGGCGCCGUCUUCACUCAGGGAACACCUUUCGAGCCCUACGCUGAAAUCUACACUGGAGCAUGGAACAGUAUCCGCACCCUGAUCCAACGUCUUCGCGCACGCUCAAUUGGUGUUCUGAUCGAUUUACAUGCGCUGCCAGGAGGCGCAAACGCGCAGGAGCACUCAGGCACCAACAGUGGGCGUGCUGAACUAUGGACUAACCCUUCUAACCGCGCGUUAGGCGUUCGCUGCUGCCAGUUUAUUGCAGAAGACACCAGAGCUGGAGCUGAGAUUGCCGGUCUCCAGCUCGUCAACGAGGCUGAAUGGGAAUCGGAGCGUAUGUAUGAGUGGUACGACGAGUGUAUAGCCGCUGUAUCCAAUAUCGACCCCGGAAUUCCUAUCAUCAUCUCUGAUGGCUGGAACCUGGGGAAGGCGGUCGAUUGGUCUUUGCAGAAGAACUCUAUAUACUCGCAUCCGCAAUGCCCAGUCGUGGUUGACACGCACUAUUAUUGGGCUUUCACAGAUGAGGACAAAGCGAAGACACCACAACAAAUUACUGAGGAAGCUGGCAAUAAGUUAGGACAGCUGGAUGGUAAAGAGGGCUCUGUGCACGAUCGUGGUGCAGUACAAGUCAUUGUUGGCGAGUACUCCUGUGUCAUGACUGAAGACUCUUGGGCCAAGGGCGGCAGCGUUCCUAAGGAAGAGCUCGUACAGCAGUUUGGACAAGCACAGAGCAGAAGAUAUCAGCAGAGAGCUGGCGGUAGUUUCUUCUGGACUUGGAAGAUGGAUUGGAUGCCGGGCGGCGAGUGGGGCUUCAAAGCUAAAACAGAAGACGGGAGCAUUGUACCACCCCAGUAUGCAAAAAUAUCCGCUGAUGAUAGGCACGGAAUGAUCGAAAAGGCCAGACACGAAAAGGACGGGCGUAUGCAUGAGGAUGUCCAACAGCACGUAUCAUAUUGGAGCGGUGUGGAUCCCAACGGUCACUAUGAGCACGAAAAGUACGAACACGGCUGGCAGGUCGGAUAUCAAGAUGCUCUCGCCUUCUUCGAAGGUAGAGGAACCCAAGGCGACAAAAUUGGCAUGUUCGAAAUGUGGAUCCUCAAACGAAUCAGAGAGAGUGGGUACAGAGGGGGCUUCACUUGGCUGUUCGAGCAAGGUCUGAGAAAAGGUGCACAUUCGUGUUACUCCGUGGUCGGUAUCUAA